AUGGCCCGAAAGAUUGGUGAAGUCGAGGUGCAAUACAUUCCCUCGAAGCGAGACUUCAGCAACGUCUGGUGCGAAUACGGUUCGUCGACGCAACUUUUACCGAAAGGAUGGCAGAGAGACCCAGAUCGCCGAGCACUGCCCGAGGCCAUCAUAUGGGAGAAGGAUGUUGCGAUUCCUCUCCGUGACGGGGUCAGACUGAGGGCGGAUGUGUUCCGACCUGCCAGAUUACAGGGCCAACCAGUUCCUGCGCUGCUGCCAUGGAGUCCAUAUGGCAAGACUGGGACAGGCUCCUAUUUGACUACCAACUUCGAAUUUCUGGGCAUCCCCAAGAACUCGUUAAGCGGACUAGAAAAGUUCGAGGCCCCAGACCCGGCCGAGUGGUGCGCCAGAGGCUACUCCAUAGUCAAUGUCGACUCUCGCGGAGCGUUCAAAUCCGAAGGUGACAUACUCUGGUUUGGAACUGAGGAAGGCAAGGAUGGGUACGACACGAUAGAAUGGAUUGCGAAGCAAGAAUGGUGCAACGGGUCCGUUGCUACGGUUGGAAAUUCAUGGCUUGGAAUCUCACAGUGGUACGCCCUGUUUACUGCGGCGGAGAAACCGCCGCAUCUGAAGGCGAUGGCACCUUGGGAAGGACUGGGAGACUUUUACCGUGAAACGCUUUGUCGUGGGGGAAUUCCCAACCCGCUCUUCUGGGAUCUGCUGGGUCAAUGUCUCGAAGGUGAGCAUUUGCGCGAGGAUGUCAUUGGUAUGCUAGAGAAAUACCCCCAUAUGAAUGCGUACUGGGAGGACAAGAAGGCCCAGAUCCAGAAUAUCAAAAUCCCCAUGUAUGCUCUGGCAAGCUAUUCAAGCUGCUUGCACACGGAGGGAUCCAUCCGGGGUUGGAAGUAUUCGAGUUCCACGGAGAAAUGGUUACGAGUGCAUCCGACGCAGGAAUGGUUCGAUAUUUACUCAUCCGAAGCCACUGACGAUCUCCAGAGAUUCUUAGAUCACUACCUUCUUGGAAAGGACAACGGAUGGGAAUUUACGCCCAAGGUUAGGAUCUCUCUUCUGCGAUACAAUGCACCUCCCAUCAUCAAUCGCGCAGAGGACAACUACCCUCCCUCGAGAACCAAGUACGAGACCUUCUACCUGGACUGCGAUGCUGGAAAACUUACAAAGUCGCCACCGAAGGUCGAAUCAGAGACCAGUUAUCAAUCCGAUACUUGGGAGGACGACGGCAGCCACUUCACCUACACCUUUGACAAACAUACAGAACUCUGCGGGUUUUCGAAAGUAAAGCUUUACAUGUCUUGUGACGAAUUGGACGACAUGGACGUCUAUGUUAUUAUUCGAAAACUCGAUGCCGAUGGGCAGGCUCUGCUGCAUUACAACAUUCCCUUCAUCAACCAAAAGCCUCACACUCGACCGGAAGACAUUGACCAUAUCAAUGUGUACAAGUACGUGGGCCCCAAUGGGCGUCUUCGAGCCUCGAAACGGGAGAUCGCCGAGGAACCUGGUUUGACAUCGGAUAUGAGGAAGAGCAGAGACCCUACCGAGGUCUGGUACCCCUAUUAUAAGACAGCCAAGGUCCCCAAAGGUAAUAUUGUUGAGCUGGAGAUUGCAAUCUGGCCCGGAGGGAUGGUCUUUGAGGCCGGAGAGAGCAUGAGACUGGAGAUCAAGGGUCAUGAUCCAGUCUUGCCUGAACGGCCAGACAUGGAAAAGAAAAUGACAAACCAAAAUGUGGGUCGGCACAAGAUACAUGGGGGUGGAAAGUAUCCUAGCCAGUUGAUAGCGCCCCUGCUCUCGUGA